GGGAGCGAAUGGACGAACCACCUGAGUGUAUUGCGGAGCAGCUGGCUUUCUGGCCGUGGUGUGGGCCCCGACGACCCUUCGCUGUCUUAAUCCGGCUCCUCGACCGGCUGGACUGCCAUGUCCGGGGUUUUCCAUUGGUUUCGCUUGUUGGCCGGGGGCAUUUGCCUGCCCCUGGUGUUCCCGUACAUCGUCUACAAACUCUACAAGCUUCGAUGGGGUUCGCUGAAGACCGGCUGCCUGCAAGACAAGGUGGUUCUCAUCACCGGCGCCAGUUCGGGCCUCGGAGAAGCCUUGGCACACAAGUUCUUUGCAGCCGGCUGCAAGGUGAUCCUCGCUUCCCGUCGCGUUACUGAGCUGGAGAGAGUCAAGGAUGACCUCAUGCAGUCUGUGCCGCAGCCAUCGGGGCACCACACACCGGCAGUGGUCCAGCUCGACCUGGCGGACCUGUCGUCCAUCGCAGAGAAGGCUCAGCAGGCACUGCGCAUCCACGGCCGCAUCGACAUCCUUGUCAACAGCGGCGGCAUCAGCUACCGUGGGGAAGCGUGCGACACCUCGGUCGAGGUGGACGUCAAGCUCAUGAUGGUCAACUACUUUGGGCAUGUCGCACUUACCAAAGCGAUACUGCCCAACAUGAUCGACAUGAGAGAUGGAACCAUCGUUGCCAUCAGCAGCGUGCAGGGAAAGAUUGGCCUGCCAUUCCGCUCAGCCUAUGCGGCAUCCAAGCACGCAACCCAGGCCUUCUUUGACAGCUUGUUGGCUGAAGUGGCACAGUAUGACGUCCACGUAUGCGUAGUCUCUCCAGGUUACAUACGCACUAACCUCUCAAUGAACGCACUCACUGGCACGGGAUCAGUCUAUGGCGUGAUGGACGAAACAACCGCUACCGGAAUGGCUCCCGAGGACGUGGCUGACAUCGUCCUGGAGGCGGUGGUGAACAAGCGAACUGACGUGGUGAUCGCCAGCUAUCCCCGCCUCGUACUCUUCGUGCGGGUGCUGAUGCCCUGGCUGUACUUCACUAUCAUGAAGGGGCGAGCCAAGCGGUUGCGUCUACAGCAACGUCGGGUCCAAUAGCAAAUACUGGCGCGUUUUGCCCAGCGGGAGCGCGGGGGGCGAACGCUGUGAACUGUUCACCAUUCUGCCACAUGCGGUUUAGCGUAUCUGCAGCAACUUGCUCACUGUGUCGGAGAGGUCUCUUCGGUUUGCCCUGCACUGCGCUGGCUGCGUUGUUCCUGUCUGAAUCUUUGCAAGUGGGUAACAUUGGGGGGGGGGGGGGUAGUGUCAUCUGCCAGCAGCAUAGAAGCAGACGACACGGCACCCUACCAUUGGCUGGAUCAUAGUUGUCUGAAUCAGUGCAACACAAUUUGGUGUGUGGUGUCUGCUUCUGCUGUUUAUGUGAUGUCUGCUUCUCUGUCGUCUGUAAACAGCACAGAAGCAGGCGACUGCUUUUGGUUUGUCGCCAGCUUUUGUGUCGUCUGUUAAUGACACAGAAUCAGAUUGCUCAGCAUUGGAAAAAUGUCUCACAUUUAUGAAGCUUUCAACCCUGCUCUGGUCUUAGUUCAGCUUGCACGGGCAGCUCAAGGAGGCUCGAGGCACAAAUUGGCGUGCCAACUUAAACGGAGUGUGCUUGGGGGUGCUGUGAACUCAGUGGUUCUCAGGGCAAGGAGUCUGUUGUUGAUAAUUGAACUGGCAAAGCUUUUUAAUGCUGUCGACAAGGCAUCUUUAGCAAGCUUACUAAGGUAGACAGUUUUUUUCCUUUAUGUACAUAAUUUAAUAGUACUAUUGUAUUGGGGCACAAUGCCACUACUGGUAUCACUGUGCCCUACUGGUAUCGAAAGAAAAAUAUAAAGGGUUUUGGCUACCGCCACAUAUCCCUAGCUGUCGUACGGCUGGUUUAUUCCUGCUUGACCUCACAAAACUGAUGUCCUGAGGUCACAAACAGAAGAGCUGCCAUUUAUUCACAGGUAUCAGCUAACACCGCACCCACAGAAACAACAGAAACAACUGUUAUUGCAGAGUUUACCAGUGGAUCAUGUGGAUACUCGUUUAUUGCAUUUAGGGUCCCACCAUCUCUUUCCCAGGUCAGUUUUACAACAAAAUGCGCAAUAUAAGAAUGUGCAUGCAUCAAGCAGAUAUGCAGCUUCACUAACUUGUAUUCAGGAACACCAUCAAACAUUGAAACAUCAUGAAAUGCAAUAGCAUUUAUUUGUAUUGUGCUUGCAAGUGCACAGAAACACAUCAGAAGAGGUAAGCAGACCAGUUUAAAAAAGAAGAAAGAAAUACAACUAAGAAAAGUGGAACAAAAUAAGAAAAUAACCAUAAUAAAGACAAGCAGAAGUGCUCGAGAGGACAUAGUUGUAUUUAUUUUUGACAAGCCAUUAGUGGACUGGUCUCAGAUGUACAGCCUCCCGCAUUUUUAACUACAUCGUACGAGUGUCCAUCAUGCAUCAUUUUAGCGCUUUUAAGCGGCGAUAAUCAGCUAGACCGGCAGAAAUACUCUCAAGUGCACUAAACACUCUCCUGUGCACGAGUCGUUUAAUGCGGGAGGCUGUACAGUCCCAGCCGAAAAAGGCUAGCACAAGUGACUGGCGGCCGGAGCGGCAAAAUCACAACAUGCUUUCCGACAGGCACCCCUGCUUUGGAAAAUGGAAUGUGCCGCUCCGGCCACCAGUCACUUGUGCUAACCUUUUUCCGCUGGGACUGUACUUCAUCACGGUCAUUCCCUUCAUUUUCGUACAAUAGCACAGCCACCUCACAGUUGAUUUCUUUAGUUGGCACUCCAGUUUGUCCAACAGACUGCUGAAAUUUGAAGGUCUGCUACCCAAGAAGCAAUAGCGGACAUCGUUGGGCAUAUAUAUAUAUACAUACAUAUUGUCAAACCUUGCUAUAACAAAACGGGAUAUGACGUAAUAAUAGAUAUAAAGAAGUGAAAUUCCUCUUGAAAUAUCAGAGGUUCAUAUUGCAGUACAUCCAAUAAUGAAUAUAACGAAGUACUUUUGGCUUCCCCCUUUCAUCGUUGUUAUAACAAGGUUUUACUGUAUACCGUGUGUUCCAGCUAACGUUAGCCAAGCUGUUCAUGUAAAAAAAAAUAAGGUUAAACAGACACAAAGAUACAGUUAUAAAACCUAUGGUGUUCAGUCUUGAGAGGCCUGAGGAUUGAGCUCCGUAGGUCUGAAAAUCAUACCUAGCAGUGUCCUUUUUUUUUUUUUUUUUCAUUGAGCACCUUGGCUAAUGUUAGCUGGGACACCAUGUAUAUAUAUAUAUAUAUAUAUAUAUAUGUUGUUGUAUAGGGGUCCUGCAUUUCACAGACAGAUGUCUACACAUGUUGAUGACAUAUCAUUACAUGGUGGCAGACAUUGGAGGAAACUUGUCAGCAUAUGAGAGCCCUGUUUGAAAUGUUGCUUUUAAUGUCAUGUUCGAGAAUGGGUUGGCUUUGACUGUUGUUCAUUAGAAGCGGGUUCUUGUGUUUCACAGGAUCGAAUGACAGAAUUAUCUCAAGGUACUUUUCACAAGUGUUCACUCCGCUUUUGAGUUCACACACCAUAAGGACUGUCUAGACCUUGCAGUAUGCCCUGAUUAGUGAAGGUAACGAAAAUGAUUGGUUAUGUUCCACUGCAUUCUUAUUGUCGUACGACGUGUACGAGGUACAGUGUGCAACUUUGGGCAGAGAGCAGGGCCUGUAUCAUGUAGCGAUGCCUUCCGCUCAAUUCUAUGCUACUCGUAUUAUCCGUCGUUUAUGGUCUGCUGGUCCCAUUGAUAGCACGGGCGAAGCAUCAUUCUGACCUCUGACAAAAACCCCAAAAGCGCAAAGAAAAAUAGCUUUGAAAAAGGCAGCGCUACAAAAUCCCGGCCCAGCUUUCUACUGCCAUUGGCUCAAACGAUAGCAGACGACGCACAGCUUUUGUUAAAAGCAACAAAGUGUGAUCAUAAGUGUUACUGAAUCAUGGUAGUGCCAUGGCUGCACUUGUGAAGCAUUCCGUUAGCAAGCAAAUCUCGUCGGAGCUCUUGAGCAGCCUGCAUACACACCAGAACAGCAACUAGACAUCGUGUCUGCAAUCAUGCAUGUAGUCGCUUCGUUUCUUUUGACAGAAAUUGCACCACCCCUCUACUCCCCCUCACGAGAGAGUUGAUUCAAUCGCCCAAUCAGUUUUGUAGCCAGGGUUGCACCUCUGGUAGAGACCGAAUUCCUGUGCAGGACUUCAGACAGGCUUCGAAGAACCCAUCACGACAGUUCAGUGGCUACGGUGUUGCUACCGCUGAGUGCGAGGUCACAUCUUUCAAUCCUCGACCAUGGCAGCCGCGGUCCAGCGAGGGCAGAUUGCAAAAAAUGCCAAUUUGCCGAGAUUUCAGUGCAUGUUAUUGGAACCCGAGGUGACCAAAGUUAGACAAAAAGGCUCCAACUACCGUGCCCCCUCAUGUUCCAGUUCCAUAUUUUUGAUGCGAAAGCGUCAAAUGGCUCAUUGAGCGAAAAAGCCGGCGUCCGGCGUCUGUUGCAGCGAAACGGCGCCUAAAUUAUCUCUGUCCGCGACGCCACGUCACGAGUGUGCCUCGAUGGGGCAGAGCGCCAGGUGUGGCAUGAGAGGAAAGGGCAUAGCUGCGGUGCCGAAUCACCCUCGCUCUCGGAAGCCUGUGUUAUCCACGCAUUCCUUGUCCAUGCAUUCUAACUGCGCCUCGGUAAGGCCAAUUCAAAACGUGCCCAGCGUCUCAAUGCGGUCGCUUGUGUCCACGUGGAGUUCAAAACUCGGAAGGACUGCUCAGCGGCGUUCAAUUGGACAUUAAUGCUUUCGCAUUCACAACUCAUAAGAAGUGCCAAAGUGUGCCCGGAUUUUUCUAUACAAAACCCCAUAAAGAAAAAUACAUCAUUGUUGCAUAGCACACAUAAAUGUACCCAUAUGUUUCGUAUGGUCUUUCCUUUCUCAUUCUCUAAUAUACUUCUUUUUCACACGCAGUUUAGGCUGGAUUUCGAGUUAAGAACAAUUUUUCAACAUGCUCAGAAUUUAUGUCCAGAGAUUAUCAUUCCAGCUCUCAUCAUUCCACUGUAUAUACAUUUUAGAGGUCUUAGGAUUUGCAAAAAAAAAAAUGUAAUUUCCCACAAAGCCUGGAUACGAGUGCAGCAUGGAAAUCAGUGUUGCAAUAUUUAGUAUUUUUUGCAACCUACACGGUGAUUCUUACAGUUAGAAGCGCCACACCUCAAAGAGCAGAAGUUCUUAGCAGCCCUGUUAACUUUUGUGGUUGACUGCACCUUUCAUACAAUCCUCUCGCCCCCAGAGGGCCUUUUAUUGUUUCUUUUCGAUCGACAGCCCUGUUCAGAAUAUCGUCUCUAACAUUCGUUUAUACUACAUUAUUUCCACUUCCGAUUACGGACAGCAUGGUCCGUAAUCAGUGUUGCCAAGAACUUUGCAACUAUCCUAUAUUCCGUUGUAUACUUAGCAGGCAACGCUGCGGAUGCUACGCAGGCAGUGCGGUCAUAAAGUCUCACUCCGUGCGUUCCGCAGUGCAGUUGCUCUUGAUCUGUGACGCUUUCUGCGGACUAACUACUUCAUAUAUUACAAAUACAACUUCUGGACGUAAGGUUUACGACAGGUUACCACUUUUGCACUUCCAGUGUGCGACGUACUAUGUUUUGAUCGUAAGCGCAAGCGGUGCUCUGAGGCCACUAGUCACAGAAACGUAUCACUCCGCUCAGUUGUAGUGAAUAGGUCAAGAUCUGCGAGGCCUUCUACCUAAUAAAUGUGAUAUUUUGAGACAUGAGAGCAUGAGGCUUAAUGUUACGUCGAAAAACAUGACGCUUAUCUGUAUCGUUCUCUGACAUGUGUCGCACUAUCUUUUGGUAGAGGAUGUGAGUGGUGAGAAAAGUCUCUCUAGCUUUCGUAGUGUUGACCGAUAUGUAUGAAACGGAGUAUAACUAAGUGCAAGAAUUCAACCGCUCGCCGUUUCCCAGGUGAGUGAAGCAUAGAUUUGUGGCAUUGCAAAAGCGGCAUUGCCAUUGUGAAACCUCGAAGGCAUUACACUUGAAGGCCCCUUUAUAAUUUCUUUAUUAUUACUCACUGAAACAAUCUCUGUGCACAUCGGGAGCCCAAGAAAGGUGUUGUUAUUGCAGCAGAAAAAAAAAACUGUGCUGUUUCUUGUACAAAUUAUACCAUCGCUGUUUCCGAGAAACCCGAGUUGUGUGCGCGUGUGUGUGUGUUUGCAUUUUAAGCACUGUUGAAAGCACUGUAUACUUUGCAGUUUGUUUUUGUCGUUAGCCUCUUCGCCAUUUCUCGCGCAAGCAAGUACACGAACUGCUUCCAAAUAUCAGGUGUUGCAUCGUUGAUGGAAGCGCACACAAACAUAUUUCCUGCCAAAACCGCUGGCUUGUUGGUGCUCAAAGUCCCGUAGAAGAAGUUGAAAGCAUACAAUGCUCUUAUUCAAAAGAAAGAAAAGCUAAAACAGACGACGGUUCCCUUCACACAUGACAGCCUUGACCAACAGUCUGCGCAAGGCUUAGGAGCUAAAAGCAGCAGCCCUCGUUGUUUGAGGCCAACUACAACGGAAUUUUGCACUGCAUAAAAUGUCCAGUUUCAAAUAGUGUGGAUAAGAGCAGCCUCUGUGCAAAACCUUGUUGGAAAUACAAGUGGAUGUGUCACAAGAUGCUCACAACGAGAGGCGUUUUUGAUAUGCCAAAGCUGGAAGAAAAAAAAAAACACUGCCGUUAACACUUGCCGGAAAUGACUUGGCAACGUUGAGAACCAGCAAGGCUUCCCGGCACGACCUCCGAGAUAUGGCAGUGUGGCGGAAAUCAUGGAGGCAAUUGAUGUUCAGAAAUUCGCGUCAUAUCCGCUGACCUCCAAGUGCACUCGUCGUCUGCUUGGGUGUCAUUGAAAGGCUGUUUACCAGCCCUACAGCCUUACCAAGAGUGGUUUAAUAGUAUGAACUACUCAUUUAUAACCAAUUUAGCUAAACUGAAAUUUCAUUGCAGCUGGCUUUUAACGACUUGAAACAAUGUAGAAACAGUGGUAGCAUGGCUCCUUGUUAUCAUAUGCGUUACUCUACUUCAGUAGUACUCCCAUAAUGCUCAAGUGAUGCACUGGUGCAGUGCUGUUCUUAUUGUUACCCUCACACUGUUGCUGUUUUCGUCUCCAAAUCAUUUUGCAUCUCGAGGACCAACGUUGCAAGAAUUCUAGAGUCUGCAUUGGCGUGAGCCAAAACCACGUGUGUACAUUUGCGGUUUAAUGUUGCUGACCAGGCCUGACAUACCAUCAUGGUCCGUAGCCUAUACAGUGGACUGUCCGCCAUUGUCCUAACCCAAGCACCAGCUUCGCUGAAUUUUUUUUUUCCCCCUGGAACAUUUUCCAGUGCCAGAUCUAUCUAAUGGCUGGUGUAUCUGUGUCACCCGUUUCCUUUUCUUCUGCGUAAGUAAGUGUACCGUAAGCGGGCAUUAAUGUAAGUUAAAUAAGUGUCAUGUUUACGAAAAUGUUUGGUGCUGUGUUGUUCAUACGUAUAACGAUGUCCCCUACACUAUGGAUCUCCUGUGUUCUGGGAAUUAGCCAUGUCGCAGUAAUUUGCACUACAUAGUCGGCGCAAUGUGUGUCUUCUGCACAAACUUAAACCCAGUCGUCUGUCUCUCCACAAGCGAUGAAGUGUCCAUUAUGUUGCUAGAGGGGCAGACACAAAAGGCAACUCUAAAUCAAGCUAAUAUACAAGACUCUUGUUUUAAACUGUCCAAAUCAUUAUUUACUGAGAACAGAGCUUUUGUAUAUGAGAAAAAUCGUAAGCAGGACAAGACUGGAACAACACUGAAAAUACAAAGCCUUCUGCCAAUAACAUUGUAUGUCCUGUUUAUAACCGAUAAAUAGCAGUCAAGCACUGAUGAUAAUGCUGAUGAAAUUGCAGUUAGCACACGAACAAAAUGUAGUUUGGCCAAAUUCAUUAGCACGUCUUACAGAAGAAUUUGCCAGAUCCACCUGCCUCAUUCUGUUCUAGUGGCACUAUGUGAGGGCGUGUGGCGCCCUCUAUGUGUGCGCAUCUGACUCGAGCAAGAAUACUAAUGCCUGGCAAAGCAUGACCACCGAGGUCACUGGCACGACAUGAUUGGUACAGUGUCAACAUGUGAAUUGCAGUGUGUUUGGUACUGUGGCGCCCUCUGUGCGUGGACAGGCAUGGUAGUGCCUGGCAGAGCAUGACCUCCGAGAUUGCUUGUAGAGCGCAGGUUAUGUACACUGCGUCAGCGUGUGGAUGACACAUUGCCAACCAGUGAAACAACUGCUGCAGUAUUGGUCUACAAGUUGGAGCAACGGGCAGUCUGUUUUCGCUCACAUUUUUCUUGGUGUCUAAGCCAUCUCCCGGUCUUUGGUGUUCCCUCAAGUGGAGAAGAGCUGUAUGAAACCCAAGCCACGAAACAAAAUGUCUCAAGAAUUCAUGUUCUUGCAUAUUACACGAACUUUGCACUGGAUGUGGUUGUGACCGUUUCUAAUCUUCCAAACCUCUCUGUAAGUUGUUUGCGAGCCCAGUGCUAAGUACAUCUCCACGUCAAAAGUUUAGUGCAAAAUGUUUUCGUGCAGCUAACAAUUUCUGUGCAUCACCAGUAAAAUUGUGCCAACACAGCUAAUAAAAAUGGUUCAGCUAGUUUAAAGCAAUAGAUUUAGUAGUUUUAAAUUUUGUUCUAAUGUUCUUGUUGAGGCUACCAUUUGUCUACAGCUGCUGCGGCUAGGAAGUUCCUUGAUGUUUCGCGUGCUGUGGAUCACUAGUAAUAAUUCAGUUAUGGUUAGCCGUGAAGUGCAAUUAGCCAGAUGUAAAGACAGUGUUGCUUGAACACAGGAUAACCUUGGCGGUAUGUUCUGAGGGGUAAAAGGUAUAGGAAAAAGCGUAUGAAUCAGGAAUUUUACAGGAAAAAGCGUAUGAACCAGGAAUUGAUCGACAGUGGCCAAACAAUGGAAGUAUCGGCCUUCUGGAGCCAACAUUUCGACAAAAGGACUUUUAUUUGUUCCUUUGCUGAAACACUGGCUGCAUAGAGUUUUCUGCAGGUGCUACUAGAGGGAAUUCUUGCACUAAUGUCUACAUAGCUGAAAGUAUGGCAGUGAUUGGUAGUGUGUAUGGGUUUGCCUAAACUUUUUCCUUCUGGCUUGAAACAUCUUUGCAACUUUAUAAGUUGGUCGCUUUCAACAAAGUAUAUUGCUUGACAAAUUCAGUAACUUGAAAUGAUGAUGCAUGUGUGCAGCAAUUGAGAAAGACAAAAGCACAAGAAUGUCUGAAGCCACCACCUCGAAGAUCAGACCAAUCCAUGUACCAUCCAUCAUUCCUAUAUGGUAGCUAAACAAUAGCAGCGUCAGGAGUUCUCUCUAGCCAUUUUGCAAGAAACUCUGUGGUUGGUUCCAUAGGUUGGUUCCAAGUCAACGAUGUGGUUGACUUGCGUUGUUCAGCCGCUGUUUAUCAUUUGAAGGGCCACAUUCUCAGACGAUCACUUUCGCAAGAUUUUGCGUCACUUGGCACCAGAUGCGUCAGCCUCUACGGACAAGAGCGGUCCUGCCACUGUGUCCUGCGCUCUUGGCAUUCUGCCAGGAGUACCGAGUAGCCCGAAAUCUCGCAAAAUCAAUCGUAUCCCCGAAAGUGAUCAUCCGAGAAUACCACUCCAAGCUUCCUUUGAUCCUCCUCAGUGUCGUUUCGACAAGCUGGGAAUGUACCAACAUGGUUUUAUCAUUCUGCAUGUUGAGGAACAUUCACGAUAAUCAUACUCCUAACCUAGCGUAUAUGGCUGUUGUCAUCACGUUCAAUUUUUUUUUUCUUUUGGCUCUUAAGAUGCAGUUUACAGGGUAAAGCAUACAUGGGAGUCCAGUUAUGCGACUGCUGUAUAGAAGUUUUUUCAACAGUUUUACACUUUGCCAUUGAGUGGGUGGCAUUUCUCCAUAGUUGCAGUUUUGUUUAUUAUUUGUGUCGGACACUGAAAUGUGGUGUAGAAGGGACACUUGGUGAUGACGUGGGAACAGAACAAAGCUACAGAAGAAGCAAUGAGAGUUUUUUAAUUAUAGCCUCAUGGUAAAUUCAGGCGAAUGCCAACUUGCUCUUUCGUCAACCUUCUUCCAUUUCUGGAUGUCCGCACCACUCUCUCUAUUGGCUUUCACUGUGUGCAUGCAACUACAGGUGCUCUCUUUUUUUGUCACUCAAAUCCAAACUGUUGUGUCCUGUCACACAUCUGUUGCUGUAACAGACUUUUCUAAUGUGGCUUCUAAUUUAAUUCUCACUUACUCAGACUAAGGCUAAAAAUUGUUUUUUGGCAGAAGCACAGAAACCAGCGCUUUUUCCUUCUCAUCAUGGAAGAAAAAAAAAAUGUUUGCACCGAGAAAAUUUUAUGCUCCUGGUGUUCAGUACAACACUUUGCGCUGUUACUUGCCCUAGUUAUCCGAGAAUUGCAAUGCGGCUUUGCCUAAUACUGCACCCUUUACAGUGAGUGAUGUUUAAAAACAUGCAGUCUUAUGUAAUUUUGCAACACCUGUAGUAUGGAAAAGCCUGGCCUUUGAGAUUGGUUUCUGUUAAUCACUGGGGUUGCACUGUAAGCACGAAAUGAAAGGUGCAGACAAAGGCAGAUUUUCAUUUGUUUUUUGGAAAAGCUAGGCAAGCAUCAGUGUCGACUGUUAUAAUGAACGAUCCGAACCAUCAAAUGCAAUUUUGAUGCUAAAUUUGAGCAAGAGCAAAGGAGCAGCAUGAGAAAAAUCUCUAUGACAUGAAGGAGAAAGUGCAGGUCUCUGUACAGCGCUUGUAAUUGAGUGUGCAACGCUUCAUAAAUUAAUUGCAUCCGAGAUUUGUGACACCCGCUGCCCAGUCUCAGAGGCCAUAAUAGAAUUUCAUGCUAAGCACACCAGGAGCAAAUUUGGCGCUAAUGUCUGCAUGUGCUUAAGUGCAGUGUUUCACCGAUCACGGGAUUGGUGGGUAGUAGAUGGUGUUUUUCAAACAUUUGUCCUUCUAGCUUCGAACAACCAAUUUGAUUUCCUAUAUUAACCAAAGUUGUCAUAAGUCUAUGCUUAGCCUCGUUUAUCAUCUCAUUUCUACUAUCACGCCGAUUUAGGAAUGUUACAAAUGAAAUGUUCAGAAUUAGAACGUCAAUAGUAAUCGUUCAUGAAGAUUGUGGCUGUCCAAAUGUCAUGCGAGUCUAGGGACAAGCAUGCUCGCAAGUGUGGAGACUAACUUACAUGCUAGAAUUUUGCAUGAUGGAACAUAUUGGCAAUAUAAAACGCUGAAGAAAAGAAACCUUGUGUGGUUGGCAUACAACCAAGCCAAACCGCAAGGAACAAAGGUAGCCACAGCGUGCUUUCUCAACGAAGCCAUGCCAAGCUUUAGAAAAAUCCAUACACUACCCAUUACUUUCACGGUAGGUGAAAAUAUGCGGUGCCAAACACACUAGACAUUGCAUUAUAUAAUGUGUUCUGAAUAUAAGAUGCUGAAAAUAAAAACUUUGUGUGGUUAGCACUCAACACAGUCGAACCACAUGGAACAAAGGAAGCCAAAGUGCGCCUUUUCAAUGAAGCCAUGCCACGCUUCGGGAAAACCCACGUACUACCCAUUAGUCUCGCGGUAGUUGAGACUGCAGUGCCAGAUUUUCCUACGGAUUUUAAUCGUGGUACAAGAUUCUACGGUGUAAACAUGUAAAUUCUAUUCUAUAGUUGUCCUCACAACAGCAUUAUUUACACUGUGCUCUCCUUGUGUGGAAACAAAUACCUCCAGCGUUUACGUUUCACUCCAAAUGUGACACCUCCAAUUCUGAAUGUUGUACUCGGUAUUGUCGGCUCCGAAAUAAAUCACUCUGUGAUGUAA